AUUUGAAAUGUGAAAAUUCUCCCGCGUUCGAUAAUAACAUGGUUGUAGCGCCAUCUUUAGUGUUUUUACUGAAACACUGUGUUUAUAUAAUGACGUUUUAUAUCAAUAGCACAAUAGCCUUAUCUUGUCGAACGUGUUUUAAGAUGUUGCGCAGUUUUUAAGAAAAUAUAACAAAUAACUAGUUUUUAUUAUAGACAGUGAAAUAUCUAACAGUUAAUUAAGAGGUUGCAGGCUAAUUUAUACGUGGCAGUGACUAUUAAGUUUAUUGUGGAGUGAUUUUAAUUUAAAUGAUAACGAUUGAGGUUAUAAAACGAAAAUACUGAUGCUAAUGAAGAAAUUGUGUAAUAUCUUGCCUUUAUCUGAUACUGAUAGUUUACUAUGUGCAUUUAAAAUGAACGCUGUGAGUUUUGUAGAAAAAGAAAAACCUAGGACAUCAUUAUAUCGAAGGUUUUUAUUUUAUAAAGCUGUUCAAGAGGAAAACGAAACAGUCGCUGAUUUUAUUGUUAAACUAGAAAAUUUGUUAAAAAAGUGCAAUUUUAGAAACUCCAUGGAAGCUAUAAGGGAUAGGUUUAUUUGUGGCCUGAAGUCUGAAAAGAUACAGUCAUUUUUGUUAGAACAUGAAGAUAUAACUUUUUUCCAAGCUAAACAAAUUGCUAUUAAAAUGGAGUCUGAAAUCACUAAAAAAUUAGGGCAGAAAGAGUUGGAAAAAUACCAACCUGAAUUAGUGAAGAAGGGAAUAACUUUGAAGAUAAGUAGAAUAGAUUUGGUGAAGGAAAAAACAGAACCAGAAAAAGUAAGGACAUUAUUAGAUAACAUUAAAACACACUUAAAAAAAGAUAAAGUCGAUAUAAGAAAGAAUAAAGUGGUAUCAGAAGCAGAAAAGGCACCAGAGUUAGAUAAAGAGUGUGAAUUUUGUAAAACAAAAGUUUCUGUUUUUCCAACUACAGAGAAAUUAGAAUGCUUUGCUUGUCAUAUUAGAAAGAAUCAAUUGCCAUCAAAAGUUAUUGUAAAGAAUAAAGUAGGAUUAUUAAGAGAAUCAAAAACGACAUUGCCCCCAGUUCUUGUUUUAAACAAUUUUAGUGAAAAUGAAAAUAGUUCAGAUACGACAGCAACAAAUGGUUCAGCAGCUGUUUCAUCAAAUAUUGAAGAGAGAAAUACCUUAAAUAAUACACAGGUUUAUACAGGUAAUAAUCAGUACAUCCCGAUAUCAGAAGUUGAUAUUUAUUCAAAAUCUUCGUCGAGCCCAUGGCACAGUUCCAUCUCCCCCCACAGUCAAGAUAGCAAUUCAAGGCCGACUCCUCCUGUCACGCCUAAGAAUAACGGCAUGAAUGUGGUGAUGACAACGGAGACAACCGGACGGAGGAACAUGGGAGGCAGGAAGCCUGCAAAAACGCUCGACCUUUCGCCCGAAGAAGAGGAACGGCGAAGGAUAAGACGAGAACGGAACAAAAUGGCAGCUGCCAGGUGUAGAAAGAGGAGAGUCGAUCAUACCAACACAUUAAUAGCUGAAACUGAAUCACUAGAACAAAUGAAGCAGAGCCUCGAAAAUGAAAUCCAAGAACUUAAAGCCGAAAAGUAUGAUCUGGAGUUAUGCUUGCAGUCCCAUUGCAGUUCCCAGUUUUGCCGUCGCAAUCGUCCGCCGAGUCCACCAGACGUAAAACCUUACGAUAUACCUCCACCUGUCUCAUCAGAAGAACGCGUCAAAACCGAACUCAUCGAAACCGUACCGCCGCCUCCACAUACAACAGCAACAUCAAUUUUCAAUAAUAACAACGACAACAUAGCGGACUACUUUACUGCUCCGAAUCCUGCCAAAAGGAUUAUGCUCAGUUCGACGGUGCCUAUAGCAAAGCCAAACCGACCAAGUUCUUUGAAUGUGACCACGCUUCCUUUGUUGAACACGAAAAUCAACAACAUUUCGGAGCUGGCCGGUGUCACCAUUAGCACACCAACAACGGGAAUUCAGCUCAAUUUCGAUUCAAUGAUGUCGGGUGGUUCGGGAUUGACGCCCGUUUCCUUGCCCACACCAUUAGUACAGUGCAGCACGCAACAGAGGAAUAACGGCGGCUCUGUAGGCGUUGUUACGGAUUCCAUUGGCUCCUCUGAUGGAUGUACAGGAGGUGGUGCACCACCAAAACUCGUCAGCUUAUAAUGAAACGCCAAUGGAAGGAACGAAAUGAGAAGGAGAAGCAUAUGCAUUCUCUAAGUGAUAAUAAUUGAUAGUAAUUGUAACUUUUCAUUCGUUGAUCGAUCGAAUUGCAGACGUGUCUGCCUUUUUGUGGCAAGAACAGUGUUGAUUGGUCACAUGAGGCAAGUCAUUUUAAUCGUCGGUGUAGCCAGGUAAGCUCUUCAUAUAAUUACUAUUUUAGUCGGAGAAAUUUGCUGAUAAGUGGAAAAUAAGUCACUUGUUUAGUGCUACAACUUUUAUUAAAAUUUAUUGUAUGUGAUAAGAACAAAUUAAGUUUUCUAUACCAUCAGUAAUGGUAAUUAAUGAAUCUUCAAACAGCUUCAACAAAACAAAACCAUACAUAUUGUAACUUAUUUUGUUAUUUUUGCUUAAAAAGUUUAAGUGUGGUUUAUUAACAGUUGUGCUUUUUAAGUAAUUCCUGUAAUUCUUGAAUUACUUUAAUGGAGCAGUUUCGGUUAUUAGAAAGAGGGCUGAAUGUGAGACGUUACACUACAAUGCAAUAAAUAACGUUCAAAUAA